AUGGAACCUGGGUCUGACUAUAUCGAAUGCAUAGGCGAACCCAAAGGCGAAGACUUCAAUUGCUCAGAUAUGAUCAAAUUCCGACUUGAGUACAGCAGCUACAUAUGGGAUCACCGACACUACUUUAAUGUUUGGGUUCAUCAAUAUGGGGAAUCAGGAUGCAAUACAACAUUACCAGAACCAAAACUUGGUCUCGCCGAUAAAGCUGUAAGUUAAUC